AUGAAGUAAAAAUCAUAAGAACUAUUUGAUUUAAAGAAUCAAAGAUCUAAGAUUAAUGGUUUUAAAAUGAAUAGUAUAAAAUUUUGUAUAUAUUAAAUUAGAAAUAAAAAUUAUAUAUAUAGAGAUGACUGAUACAAAAGGAUCAAUGGUGACACCACUGUCUAAAUAUAAAUUAGUAUUUUUGGGAGAUCAAUCAGUGGGGAAGACAUCAAUAAUAAAUAGAUUUAUGUUUGAUACAUUUGAUGGAAAGGAUCAUGUAAGAGAAUUGUAAAUAGAAAAAAGCCAACAGUGGGAAUAGAUUUUAUAUCUAAGACUUUGUAUUAUGAGGAGAGAACAAUACGUUUAUAAUUAUGGGAUACUGCAGGAUAAGAGAGAUUUAGAUCAUUAAUUCCAAGUUACAUAAGAGAUAGUGCAGUUGCAGUAGUUUGUUAUGAUGUAGAAGGUAGAGAGAUGAAUUAAUGUAGUAAAAUCAUCCUUUACAAGUUUAAGUAAAUGGAUAGAAGAUGUUCGAUAAGAGAGAGGAAAUGAUGUAAUUAUAUUUAUAGUGGCAAACAAGAUAGAUUUAGAAAAUAGGUAAAUGAAUAAUACUAAAAUUUAAAGAGCUGUAAGUACUGAAGAAGGUGCAAAUCUAGCAAAAUAAUGUGAAGCUCAUUUUAUUGAAGUAAGUGCUAAGACAGGAAAUAAUGUUGAAUUACUAUUUAAAUAAAUAGCAGCUACAUUACCAGGAACAGAAACAUCUUAGAUGGUCAAUUCUGUUGUGAAUAAUCCAAGUUAAAGUAAGUAAUGCAAAAAACAUUUUAAGCUUAGCCUGUUAAAUUAGAUAACCAAAAAAAUUAAGAGAGAGAGCAAUAGAAAACAGAUGCUAAGCCUUGUUGUUGAAUCAUAGAUUAUUAUUUAU